GAAGGGUGCUCAUUUUCAUUGAGAAGAAGAAACUGAAAACUCCAGAGCUUAGACAAAUAGGAAGGUUUAUUUAUUUCUUUAUUUUACAAGCUGUGGGGCCAGUUAAUGAUUAUUAAGUCCCAAGUGGGUGUUGCAUGUUGGGUGGGAGGCUGGGCUAUGUGCUAUCCCAGGCUUCAGGACUUUCCUUCAUUCUGGCUCAAGACUCCAGCCCAGCGAUGCCUCCUGGCCUCUGGGGGAGACACUUCUGGUUGUGGGGACCACUCUUAUGGCUCAGCAUUUCAAGUUCAGGGAACGUAGCUCCUGCCUCCCAGCCAAACUGCACUGACUUCCAGAAUGCCAGGCUUCUCCGGGGCACCAACCUCAAAGUCCAGUUUCUCCUCUUUACCCCUUGUAACCCCAGCUGUGGACAGCUGGUAGAAGAAAGCAGUGACAUCCAAAACUCUGAGUUCAAUGCCAGCCUGGGAACCAAACUGAUUAUUCAUGGAUUCAGGGCGUUAGGAACAAAGCCUUCUUGGAUCGACAAGUUCAUUAGAGUGCUCCUGCAGGCAGCAGAUGCUAACGUGAUUGCAGUGGACUGGGUUUACGGUUCUACAGGUGUCUAUUUCUCAGCUGUGGAGAACGUGGUCAAGCUGAGCUUGGAGAUCUCCCGUUUCCUCAGCAGAUUGUUGGAGCUGGGUGUGCCAGAGUCCUCAAUCCACAUCAUUGGCGUUAGCCUGGGGGCUCAUGUCGCAGGCAUGGUGGGGCAUUUCUACAAAGGCCAGUUGGGACGGAUUACAGGUCUGGAUCCCGCUGGACCGGAGUACACCAGAGCCAGCCUGGAGGAGCGCUUGGAUGCUGGAGACGCCCUCUUUGUAGAAGCCAUCCACACAGACACUGACAAUUUGGGUAUCCGGAUACCUGUUGGACAUGUGGACUACUUCGUCAAUGGAGGCCAAGACCAGCCUGGGUGUCCCACGUUCUUUCAUGCAGGUUACAGUUACCUGAUCUGUGAUCACAUGAGGGCUGUGCAUCUCUACGUCAGUGCCCUGGAGAACGCCUGCCCGCUGACGGCCUUUCCCUGUGCCAGCUACAAGGCUUUCCUUGCAGGAGACUGUCUGGAUUGUUUUAACCCUUUCCUGCUCUCCUGCCCGAGGAUAGGACUGGUGGAACGAGGUGGUGUCAAAAUUGAGCCUCUCCCCAAGGAAGUGAGAGUCUAUCUCAUGACUACGUCCCAGGCCCCAUACUGUGUGCAUCACAGCCUCGUGGAGUUUCAUCUAAAGGAGAAGAGAAAAAAGGAUACCAGCAUUGAGGUCACCUUUCUUAGCAACAAUAUUACUUCCUCGGCCAAGAUCACCGUACCUAGACAGCAACUUGAAGGGAGAGGAGUCAUAGCUCAUCCCAACCCACAGUGCCAGAUAAAGCAAGUGAAGCUCAAGGUCCAAGUUCCCAGCCGGGUUUGGAAAAAAGACAGGACUACCAUUGUUGGGACUUUCUGUACUGCCCCUCUGCCAGUAAAUGACAGAAUGAAGACAGUCUGUGUACCUGAGCCAGUGAGCCUGCAAGCAAACACGCCUGUUUUCCAGGACCUGAAAAUAGUCUGUGUGUAGCCCGAGCCUACACAGGAGGCAGUGGCCUGGAUUUUUUUUCCAGGGCAGUGUGGCAAGAGAUGUUUCUGGACACCUUAUUCCACUCCAUUCCUACUAAGGGGGAAGGUCAAAUUCUGGGUGGUUUUCCCCAUCAGUGGAGGACAGAUGACUCAUCUUAGGAAACUGAUCUCCACCACUGACUUACAAAGCUUUACAUAGAUACCGUUUCAGCUUCCCUGUUUCUGCACAAAUGUAGUUGCCUCACAUCCUUAAGAAUCUCAAUACAGCAUACACAGAGAAAUGUUUUAAAUAAACUACCAUGGGAUAUCUGAA